AGAAGUUUUAAAUUUCAAUAAAUUGACAAUAUUGUUUACGUUCUGUUUGCUGUUGAGUUUAUUUCAAAGUAUUCUUUUAAAAAUUAACUUUUAAAAAUCAUGUGUUUUUAUAUGAGUGACGUAAAAAUUAAUUUAAAGUUUUUGCUGACAUGACAGUUUUCGUCUAAUGAAUUAUAAAUGCAGGAUCAAUUUCUUAUAAGAGUACAUGAGAGAUAUAAUAUAAAAGAUGUCAGAAGGCGAAGGUACUUCAUCCCAAGAGCCACAAGUUGUUGUAGAGUAUAAAGAGGGUCAAUUGGAAAUUGUGAAAUAUGAUAAAAAUGAGGAAAGUCACAUUUUGGGUGAAUCAUCAGAUGGCAGCGAUGAAUUGAAAUAUAUGCAAGUUGUGGACUCAUCCGGGAAGAAUGUGGUUCUCGAUUUACUUAAUAUGACUUUGAUUAAAUGUGAAGACGGCGGAGAUUCCUAUCGUUUAGUGUCCAGCAGUUCGGACUGCGGUGAUACGGAGACUGUCACAUGCAUACUGUCGAAUGACGAUGGGGAAGAAGACCAGCAGUACAUGGUGAUGGGCGGUGAGAACGGACCACUUGUUUAUUUGGAGUCAGAAAUCGCUGAGGAAGCUCAGCCCGAACAGAAACCUGUGGAGACGAAGCCCCAAAAACAACAGCAGCCCAGUCCACAGUGGAUCUUGGAACGAGCGAAAGCAUUGCAAGCGUCAAAGACGAUAAUGUCGAGCCUGCAGCGGCGGGCGCGCGGCGCGCGGCGGCGGCGCGGCGCGCUGCCCCCGCCGCACGAGCUGCUCGCGUCGCCGCAGUUCCGCCUCUACCUCUACUCGUGCAAGCUCUGCCCGUUCAAGUGCAACGCCGUGCGCGAGCUCUCCGCGCACAAGGCAGCGGAACACACCGGCGAGGGCAAAUGGCGGUCCGGGGGCAGGUCGGGCAGUAUAGCGUUGCAGUGCCCACGCUGCCCCUUUAGGGGCAACACGCAUAUGCAGUUGUCCAAGCACGUGUUGGAAGCGCACCAUAAGAAUAAAGAAAAAGACGAACAAGAUUACGUAAUAUUUGGUAACAAAGUGUACCUCAGUAGCGCAGAGGUGGAAGCCGCAGAUGUUCUGGUGUGCGGCGCGUGCGGGUUCGAAUCCAGUUCCAAGUUGGAGUUUAAAAAGCACAUCGAAGAAGAGCACGACGCUACCGCUUGUUAGCAUUGCAUAGGUUUUUGUUUAGCAAUAAAUCUUUUGAGGUGG